GCAUACGUCAGGCAGGAAGGAGUCUCUUUUCAACAUGACGGCGGUCAUAGACAAUAGCAAUGCUGCACAAGCGACAAAGAAAAAGCACCUGGGAAUCCCUGAAGCAGUGUUUGUGGAGGAUGUGGACUCCUUUAUGAAGCUGCCUGGGAACGAGACGGCAGACGCAGUGCUUAGGAGGCUGGACGAGCAGUACCAGAAAUAUAAAUACAUGGAGGUCAACUUGUCUCAGAAGAAACUCCGGUUGAAAAGCCAGAUCCCGCAAAUCACACAGACACUAGAAAUCCUUCGGCAUAUGCAGAAAAAAAAGGACACCACAGAGUCAAUGGAAACACAUUUCCUGCUGGCUGACAACGUUUACUGCAAGGCCUCCGUGCCGCCUACCGACAAAGUUUGCCUAUGGUUAGGAGCUAACGUCAUGUUAGAGUACGACAUCGACGAAGCCCAGGCCCUCCUGGAGAAGAACUUGUCCACGGCGUCUCGCAACCUGGAGACCCUCGAAGAUGACUUAGAUUUCCUGCGAGACCAGUUCACCACCACUGAAGUCAACAUGGCACGAGUCUACAACUGGGACGUGAAGAGAAGGAGCAAAGAAAACCUCCUAAAGUCAGCAGACAAGCCUUAAUUAAACGAGACAGAGUCCGUCUCUCCCUCCUGCUCUCCUCCCUCGUCAUUACAACUAUAGACCCCUGAAGUCCGUUGACCCCACAGCUCGGCUCAUAGAGGACACGUCUGAAAUGUUCCUGCAUGUUUGGACUCUGCUUGAUUUGAAUCUAACAAGUCUUUUUUUUUUUUUAAAUCACCAUAAAUGAAGUUAUAGAAAUGAAGCACGUGUCACAGUCCAGUUUGAUUUUCAGUGUUUCCUCUAUUUAGACGAGCUCAGCCUUCC